UUGAGAAAGUGUGUUCCUUUUACUCUUCGAUUCUGUUUUCGGCAAGGUAAGUAAAGGCCGAAAGAAAAAAGGAGGAAAUCAGAUCAGCGAUCGGUGGCUCGCUCACGCGUUUUUAGACCUGUAAAAACACGCGCACUUACUCGUACGCAAGUGUAUUACGUUGGCUUAAAAUUUCCUCUCUGCCUCUGCCACCGAAACUGCGGGGCAAUAAAUACUUGAAAUAUCACAUGCGGAGCGUAUCUAUGUUUACAACGGUCUCUACUUAGUCUCUCUAUUACUUCUAUUACCUAGUGCUCAAAAGUAAACAUAAAUAUAUAAACUCGGUAAAGGCCAGCAACAGCCAGUGGCAGCUCGUGUCUCUGUUAGACAUUUGCGCAAUUUUUUCUGUGCACAGCGAUAACCUUAACGAGCGAGAUGAUGGAUAAUCCGGAGGACGUGCUCCAAGCACUGGAUGAGUUUCAGAAGAUGAAGCCCUCGGAGAUACCCAAGGUACUGGAGGAAUAUCUCACGUGGGUGGCCAAGACGGGUGAGCCAGUUUACCAGUGGAGUCUCAUCAAGACGCUCUUCAGGGAAAAGCUACUCAGAGUUAUGAACGAGUUUUGCGAAAGCGGUAACCCCAGCCUUCUUGGCCCACCACUGCCAAACGUUGAGCCAUUCAACUACGAAAACAUGAAGGGCAGCUUGCUCGAACGCUUGGAAAGCUUUUCCAAUCCUCCUUUUACCGUCCAGCGCAUAUGCGAAUUGCUCAUUGCACCCAGAAGGGAGUACAAUCGCAUUGACAAAUACAUGAGGGCUGUUGAAAAAAACAUAUUGGUGGUAUCCACGAGGGAGCCAGGAGCGUUUGGCAGGCGUAGCGAGAAUGGAGACAGUCUGGUCAACGGAUCUGUUGAGGAUGAAACCUCUCACCAUGGCCAGUCCUCCAAUGACGUUGACAUGGAAAACUGGGUCAAAGAUUGUACCAGCGCGACACCGACUGCCAUGCACACAGCACCCAAUGAAGACAUGGCAGUUGACAGUAGUGAGCUCAAGUCUUUUGAGAAACAAGAGAGAAUAGAACAAUUGUCAGUCAUCGAUGCCACAGCCUCCAGCUAUGUUACAUCUGCAGUUGAUUUCCAAGUGGCAACGACCAUACCUCCGCCGAUUCCAACUCCAGAGGUUUCUGCGGUUGUACAAAAUCUGGCAGUUAUAAGUGGCGAAGCACCCGGCCUUGUAGACGUUGAUGCCAUCAUGAACGAGGAUACUAGCUCGCAACCUAGCUUGGAGCUGGAGAGCGAUGAAAACGACAGCAAUGACUCCAAGAAAUUGCCAACUACUUUCCAGACUAAAGAUUUUAAGUUGGAUGAAAAUAAAUCAUCAGACUCUGAAUCGCAAGACAGCAAAUCGGAAGAUAGUGUUGAAAGCGUGGAGUGCAGCAAAGAAACUGAACUGAUUCAGCCUACCUAUACAGAACAAAAACCAGUGGAUCAACAAGAAAGUUCACAUGAAGUGGAAGAUGCAAGUAAAAUCAAUGCUUUAAGUGCUGUUGCUGGUGAACCUGAACAAGUUACUAUGAAAAUUGAACCACCGAUUUGUGAGAAAAGUGAAGUUGAUUCUAACGUGUGUGCAGAUGGUUUUCAACUUGUAAAUAACGUUGAAGUAAAACAAAACGAUACAGAAGAGAAAGUAGAAGUUACUCCAGUCUUGAAAGAGGAAAGUAUGCAUUCGAUUAAAGUUUUGACCGAGGAAAAAGUAGAAAUCAAAGCUGAAUCCGUCAUUCAAGAAAACAUACAAGUAUUGACUGGUCCUCUUGAGGAACCCUCUGACAAAACUUCAAACGAGACAAAUAUAGCAAUCAUAGAAGAACCUCCUUCAAAACAAAUUGACUCUAAUAGUUCAAUAGAACAUCAAAGUACAGAACUGACAAUACAAGAAGUUGUAGAGGACGAGGUGGAAGCAAAAACCAUAGUUCCAGAUUCAAUUCCUUUUAACGAAGAGCCUAAAGAAACGAAAGUCGAAGAGCCUAGCGACGAUGCAGUAUCAGCUAUUACAGAAGAAUUGGUAACAGUCCCUGAUACUGAACCACAAAGUGUCAUAACCAACAUUAACAACUGUUUGGUUGAAUCACAAGUAGCAGCUGUACCAAAAGAGGAUAGUCAAGUGGUCACGGCAAGCUGUGAACAAACCGUUAGUAUCAAAGAAACAGUAGAAUCAAUGGACGUCGAUGAUGGUUCGGUAGCAAGUGUACAGCCUGAAGAACCUAUGGAACAAGAUGUGACUGAGGCCAUGAAUAGUUAAUACUAAAAUGUUAUUUUAAACAAAUGGACUCUGGUUUUUUCUCACGAAUUAAUUUUCGUUGCACAAUGGUUGUCAAAGAAAAAGUGCUGUAAAAAUGUGUGUUGGUAGUAUCAAGAAGAAAAUAACAAAACCACUACACGAACCGAAUUUAGUAAAUUUCACACCGUUGCGUAAAUAUUAACACAAAAAUCCAACAUUCUAACUUUUUUUAUCUUGUGUUUUGAUGCAAUUUAAUGAUGUAUAGCUUUUAUUUAUGACCUACCACUGUAACUAUUGAAUGAAAUUAAAAUCAUGCACAUAUGAUUUUUUUCUAAGCAGCACAUCAUUAAAUUGUAACAACAACGGUACGGAAUUUACAAGGUUGAUUUUUCACGGCGGUUUUUCUGGUCGCUCUGGAUUCGAAUAGCUAAUGUAAGUGAUAUUUGCUUGAUGUUUCCUCUCAAUGUGACGACGCCUUGAGCUGCACCAGGGAUCAAUUUUUUCAAGUUAACUUUAUACACUUAUCUUCCUACAGCAACAAUUUGUUACAAAAUCUCAAGUAGAAGUGAACCACUGCCUGUUUCAAUGACGUCUUAUGAUGAAUACAAAAACAUGAGAAUUUAUAGAAAAAAAAAAAAAAUUUAUCACACACAGUGGUUACGUUCUCUUUGCAACUUGAAGUAUGUUUUUAACUCUAUAAGGUUGUUUCAUAAAAAAAAAAUUUUUUCUCUUGCGUUUUUGUAUAAAAAAAAAAAAAAAAAAAAAAAAA